CGACAUGCGGUGACUCUGCCUCAGUAUAAAGUUCCCAUCUUCAUCAAAAUUCUUGUUUUCGGCAUCCCGCUCCCGCAGAGACUAUUCUUGGUGCCUCACUACCUGCUAUGGCUACAAAGAGGAUUCAGAAGGAACUAAAAGAGUUGGAAAAGGAUCCACCUGCUUCUUGCAGUGCUGGACCUGUUGGCUCAGAUAUGUUCCAUUGGCAAGCCACUAUUAUGGGCCCAGCUGACAGUCCAUUUGCUGGGGGGGUGUUUGUUGUUACUAUUCACUUUCCACCGGAUUAUCCCUUCAAGCCUCCUAAGGUCUCCUUCAAGACCAAAGUCUACCAUCCUAACAUCAAUAGCAAUGGUAGCAUCUGUCUUGACAUCCUGAGAGAGCAAUGGAGCCCUGCCCUUACAAUAUCCAAGGUGCUGCUGUCCAUCUGCUCCCUCCUGACUGAUCCAAACCCAGACGAUCCGUUAGUGCCUGAGAUCGCCCAUACAUACAAGAACGAUAAAGCCAAGUAUGAAGCUACCGCUCGAGCCUGGACCCAGAAAUACGCAAUGGGUUAAGCUCCUAUAUAUUCAGUAACAUCAGCUGCUCUGCUAGCUAGCUACUUAGUUCCCCGUAGCUAUUAAUAAUUAGAAUUACAGAACAUCCCAACAUUAGCAGCUAGCUCUCCUAAUGUUUUCCAUUUUGUUUUGACAAGUGGCCAAGAAUCUGCUCCCCGGCCCUCUGAAUACUAUUCAAUUCCCUACCUAGUAUAUCGAAAUCAAAAUGGAUGUCAUACAUGUUUUAUCCAAUGCAGUUUUUGUUUUCUGACUCUA